AUGGGUUUCUCCGCAAAAAUCAUUCCUUCAAGUCGAACUGAAGGACAAGUGCAAGGACAAGUUACCUUUGAUGCAGUAGUUCGUCAUACCGAAAAGAGGCCGUCCUUUAUUCGGCGAAAUGAUCCUGACAAUGACCUUUGGUUUUACACAGAUAUUGAACAAAUGGCAGAAAAACAUGGCACAUUACCCGUUCUUGUUGAUGCAUGUUAUGAAUCUAGUAUUCGAGGUGGUCCAAUCGGAGGUCAGACAAGAGUAAACCACAGAAAUGAUCAUAUGAUGUAUGCUUGUUUCUGGUUUUCAAUUGGAGCGGCAACUUUGUUUGGAUGGUUUCUUUAA